GAAACGUAGUGGGCGGAGCUUGCUGCUGGUGCCAUUCGACUCCGGCUUUGAUGCGGUGAUGAAGUCCUCGGUGACCAACGUACAGUGUCAGCCCUACGAGCUACUUUAGCGCACAACUUUUAGUAGCCGCUGUUGGUCCAGUCUGCUGACUUAUCCAGAGAACAAACUAGACAUUUACCCCAGUUUCAGUCUAAAUUUCGCCUGUUAAUCCAGGCCAGGCUAGACGUGUCGCGCAGUAUCCCCACCACCUUUCGUGGAUUUUUUUUUCUCUCCCCGCAGCCCUAGCUAAUAGUCUGGUGCUUUAAGAGAAAAAAAAGGAAAAACACACUUUCGCGGAUUGUUUUGCCGAACAUGACGAGAAGAUGUGGAAGUAGGUAUGAACCGACUGAUAACGAGGAGUAUCUCUGCAACUAACACAUAUGCAGUGAGGUGCCCUGGUUGCGGAUUCAGGCUGCUCGAUCAUCAGGCUGAGGGGGAGAAUUUGGGAGAAGUCUCGUGGAGCACAAAGCCGAGGAUACAACAAGUUUGGACCAUGCACCCCUUGUGCUGACAGAGGACUGAGGUGGAAGAGGAGUUGAAACGCUGAAGCAUGUUUCUGACUGUUGUUUUUCUGCCCAUACUUUCACCACAACAUAAAGUUUGACAAUUCAUAGAAGUUUCGAGUCUGUGCUAACACUUGCUAUUUAAGGUGCUGCAGCCGACCAGUUAAACGUGCUUUUAGAUUCACAAUUCGUCUGAAUCCGCACUUAGCAAAAGUGUAUUUUUUUCUUACUGCAGUGUUGUGUGAGGCUCUCCGAACUGUCCACUUUAAAUGCGGACUGGUUUACGGUCAGUCAGUGCACAGCCGAGCUGCCAGUGCCACUUGAUUUUUAAUUCAAGGCAAAACAGAAGUCGGUUCAUUUUUUACCAUUUAGUGACAGCACUAUGGAGCUGACCUACAGGAUCGUUGUUCUGCUGGGGUGCAUCUUCCUGAACUGGGCUCUACUGGCUUCUGCAGAGGAAGAGGUCCUGAUGAACACUAAAACGGAGACUUCUGAUCUCAAAUGGACCAUCUUCUCACAUGCCAAACCCGAGUGGGAGGAAGUAAGCGGUUUAGAUGAGGAAAACAACAGUGUGAGGACCUAUCAGAUCUGUCAGACUGACAGCUCAUCCAGCCAUUGGCUGCGCAGCGGCUUCAUCCAGCGACGUGGAGCGUCUCAGGUUUACGUGGAACUGCGAUUCACCAUGAUGGAGUGUUCAUCCAGGAGCACCCACCACCGCAGCUGUAAGGAGACCUUUAACCUGUACUACUACCAGGCAGACUCCAACGAGGCCACGUCCUCUUACCCGCCCUGGAUGGAGAACCCAUACACCAAGGUGGACACAGUGGCUGCAGACUUUCUUCUGAGGAAGGGUGGGGAGCGGAAAUUCAACGUGAAGACCUUAAGACUCGGCCCUCUAUCUAAGAGAGGCUUCUACUUGGCUUUUCAGGCUCAGGGCGCCUGCAUGGCCCUGCUGUCAGUCAGGGUGUUCUUCAAAAAGUGCCCCCCCCUGGUCAGUGCUCUUUCCUCUUUCCCCGAGACUGUUCCCCGUACUCUGGUGCAAGAAGCGCAGGGUGUGUGUGUGGAGCACGCGGCCCAGCAAGGGCCCCGACCUCGGUCGCCUAAGCUCUUCUGCGGGGAAGAUGGCCAGUGGGUGGGCCAGCCAACAACCUCCUGCGCCUGCCUACCAGGAUUUGAGUCUGCCGAAGGACACACUAGAUGCACAGGCUGUCCUGUGGGUCAGUUCAAGUCGACCUCAGAGGGACAGUGCACAGGCUGUCCAGGAUUCAGCCACGCCGCCAUGGGAGGGGCGACGGUGUGUGCGUGUCGCUCUGGAUACUUGCGUGCAGAGUCUGAAUCUCCCAACAUGCCGUGCACUAGACCUCCCUCGGCUCCGCGCAGCAUCGUCACCCAGAUCAACGACACCACACUCAGUCUGGAGUGGAACGAGCCCUUGGACAACGGCGGCAGAACAGACCUGAGCUACUCCGUCACAUGCUCUGUGUGCAGGUCACCAAAGGGGCCGUGCCUCUCCUGCGGAGACAGCGUCAGCUACCGGCCCGCGCAGCACGGCCUGCUGGGUCGUAGGGUGGAGGUGUGGGGCCUGCUGCCUCACACCACAUACACGUUUACAAUCCAGACACUCAACGGGGUGUCUCAGGUCAGCGGAAAGGACCCUGGCAGUGAAAGCGUCAACAUCACCACAAGCCAUGACGUGCCAUCUCUGGUUUCUGUGAUUCAGAAGAGUGACUCCACAGAGAGCAGUCUGACUCUGCACUGGCCAGUCCCGGCUCAGCCACACUACACCAUCCUGCAGUAUCAGCUACGCUACUGUGAGAAGGAGCGACGUAGUGAAGAUCAGUGCCACUACACAGAGUGUAACAGAAACCAGGCCGUGCUGACGGACCUCCGCAGGGCCACUCAGUACGAGGUGCAGGUUCGGGCACGCACCAUGGCCGGUUAUGGCAGCUUCAGUCGUGCAGCCGUGUUCCGCACGCUGCCUGAUGGUCAUGACUCCGCCGCUCAGUUCUUAGUACCUGGAAUCCUUAUCGCUGUUGGGAUGCUGCUGCUUGUCACUUUCGUCUUAGUGGCCGCCUACUGCAUACGCAGACACAGCCGAAUGAAGGAUCCAGAGCUGAGCGACAAAAACAGCCAGUACCUUGUUGGCCAAGGGGUCAAGGUCUAUAUCGACCCCUUCACCUAUGAGGACCCUAAUGAGGCCGUGCGAGAAUUUGCCAAGGAAAUUGAUGUUUCCUUUGUCAAGAUCGAGGAGGUUAUCGGUGCUGGAGAGUUCGGGGAGGUGUGUCGAGGGCGGCUGAAGAUCCCAGGGAAAAAAGAAAACUACGUAGCAAUUAAGACGCUAAAAGGCGGCUACACUGACAAGCAGAGACGGGACUUCCUUUCUGAAGCGUCCAUCAUGGGUCAGUUCCAGCACCCCAACAUCAUCCACCUGGAGGGGAUCAUCACAGCCAGCUGUCCAGUCAUGAUCCUCACAGAGUUUAUGGAGAACGGAGCUCUUGACUCUUUUCUACGGCUGAACGACAGCCAGUUCACUCCCAUCCAGCUGGUGGGUAUGCUGCGCGGCAUCGCCUCCGGCAUGAAGUACUUGGCAGAGAUGAGCUACGUCCACCGAGACCUGGCUGCCCGCAACAUCCUGAUCAACAGCAACCUCGUGUGCAAGGUGUCCGACUUCGGCUUGUCACGCUUCCUGCAGGAGAACUCCUCUGAUCCGACCUACACCAGCUCUUUGGGAGGUAAGAUCCCAAUCCGCUGGACAGCGCCGGAGGCGAUCGCCUUCAGAAAGUUUACCUCAGCCUCAGAUGUGUGGAGCUAUGGCAUUGUCAUGUGGGAGGUCAUGUCUUUUGGAGAGAGACCGUACUGGGACAUGAGCAACCAGGAUGUAAUCAAUGCCAUAGAGCAGGACUACCGGCUGCCACCGCCCCCUGACUGCCCCACCCAUCUGCACCAGCUGAUGCUGGACUGCUGGCAGAAGGACCGCUCGGCGCGCCCUCGUUUCGCAGACAUUGUCAGUGCUCUGGACAAACUGAUCCGCAACCCUGCAUCGCUGAAAAUAGUGGCUCAAGAAGGCGCAGGGCCAUCUUACCCCCUGCUGGACCAGCGUGCACCUUUAGCCCUCUCACCGUGUGCUUCAGUCGGAGAAUGGCUGAGGGCAAUCAAGAUGGAGCGCUACGAAGACAGCUUCCUGCAGGCCGGCUUCAACUCAGUGGACCAGCUGGCCCAGAUCACCACACAGGAUCUGCUGCACAUGGGAGUGACUUUGGCCGGGCACCAGAGGAAAAUCCUUUCCAGCAUCCAGACAAUGACUUUUCGGAGCAAGAGCACUGCAACUGUGAGCUUCUAGCUCACCUGUCUCCUAACCUGGACGUGCAGCCAUGUACUGGAGUACUGUGGAUCCUCUCCUGUGACCCACUUUGAGCACGGACUCCAAGGGAGAUUGGCAGAAUUAACUAUGACCAGAAUCUUUUUUUUUUUUUUUUUUUUCGUUCACAGGGACCAGGAGAUGAAGUUGACUCAUUUUUACAGUUUGUGGUGUUUUUAUAUGGACCUGAAGUCAGGACCCAAUAUAUGUGCUAAACCAAGAGGAGAGACCGAUCAGCGUUUACAAAGUUUCUGUAGUAUCAUAUAAUUUUGGAAACAGACAGUCGGCUGUUUUGUUGUCGAGUAAAAAGUCACUUCACCAAAGGAGACAAAAAGAAAUGCCAGUGCCAAUCCAAGGAUUUCAGUUUUCAUAUCAGUGUGUAAUUAUGAAUGAGAACCGCUUUCACCCUGGGUGUCUUGCAUCAAAUCCAUCUGGAUUACAUUACUACGUAGACAUUUUUCACAUCAAGACUGAACAUUUUAACAGUUGGAUUUCACUUCUUUGUUUCCAUUUGAUUUCAACAUUACCUCCUCUUCUCUCAGGUGUGAUGUGUAAUGCAAACUUUGGAAAGCACUGUACUCCUAGUCCUAAUCAGACUUCUCUCAUCUUCUUCGGUCUUUCCCCUAAUCGGCUCCACAGUGCGUGAGGGGAAGAGAGACAGAGAGACAUAUCAGCACUUUUGUCAUUUCAGAGUGUGGUUGGUUAUUUCUACUGCCUGUGUUUCUGCUGGCAGCUCAGUUUUAUUAUACUUAGACUGAACAAGGACCAAGUGGACUCAGAGACCAGAGAUCACUGUACAGUCGGUUUUCUUUGUUGUACCGAGGAAGCUAUCUGGCCUCCGACUUGUUUUUCUUGAUAUAACGGAUGCAUUUUUAAUUCUCUUAUUCUGUAUUCUCCAUCUUCCAGUGCCAUUCAGUUGUCUUUGUGGACUUAAAUGCCAAUUUUAUGAAGCAGAAAUCUCAUGAGUGAUUCUUCUUGUUUCAUUAAAAUGUACCUCAAAGGGUUACUUUGACAUUUUGAAGUUCAGUGUAUUGUUUUCCUUCAUUCUGGUCGUGUAGUCGGGAACAUUGUUUCUGCUCUUGCCUCAGAGCUACACAAAAUUACCCUCUUGAGAUUCUUAACAUUUUAGCAUUGAAAAAAAUAUACAGCUACCAGAUAAGCUAACAUGCUAGCUUGCAGUCAGCAGUAUCCAUUGGUUUCAGGGGGGAAUGCUAACACUGUUGAGCUGCUGUUUGAUUAGCACAGCAGCUCACAUUUUAAGUUCAGUGUAUUUUUUUCGUUCAUCAGAUGCUGGUUGUGUGGCUUUUGGCACAAAGCUACAAAAACAUUGUUUAACAGUUAACAAAGAAAACAAUACAUAGCUACCAGCUAACAUGCUAGCUUGUAGCUAGUUGUAUCCAUUGGUUUCAAGGUGAAAUGCUAAUCAUAUUGUUGAGCUGCUGUUUGAUUAGCUGAGUAGCGGCCCAUAAUAACAUUAUUACAAGUGCUUGUUGAAGAAGAAUAACAGACCGGAGUUCAAAAUGUCACAGUAUUGCUCCAAGACUUUGCAUCUCUCAAAGGAUAACACCAGUGGUUUUGACAUUUAGGUCGUGCACAAUUUACCUGCAGUGAUUUAGAAAAAUUAAGUUUAAACAGCCACUAAAACAUACCCCAUCAACGAUGUUGAAUACCAAAUGCUAUGACUGCUUUUUCUAAAUGUUUUUAACCUUGCCAUAGAGCACUUUUGUGAUUAGGUGUUGUUUUUUUCAAUUGGCAAUUUGGUUUUCCUUUUUAACAUGGCAUUUCUAUCAUAAUGUGACACUUAUCUGUGGUUUUUAAAAGGUGCAAAGUGCAAUUUACACACAUUCAAAUUCCAUUUAAAUGGAAUUUCAAGUCUGGUUGAUUCACACCAAAAAUUAGGUGGUGAUAAUGGCCACACAAUGUUUGUGUUGUCACUUAAGUGUGGUCGAAACAUUUAUACCAUAAAAUUUAUCCAUUCUCUUAUCUAACGUAAAUUCAUGUUAGGCCUUCAUUAAAAACACUGGUAUUGUCACGCAAGAGUCUGAGAGAUUUCUUUGAGGAUUAUGGAAAAUGUGGUCUUCACAUUGAAGAUCUCAAUAAAUUUAACUUUGAAAUAAUGAAUAGAUAAAGUAUGUUUUGAUUACUGUCCUGUGUGUAGGCUAAUCUGUAUUCAGUAUUCAUAAUAAUAAAGCUACACACCAGUGUUUACCAUCAAUGACAUUGAUAAUGAUAAUUUUUCUACUUAUCAACAUGUCGAAUGGCCUCUGUAGAUAAUUAUCGUCAUUCUCACUUUAAGUGGAGCAUGACAACUGCCCAUACACAUGUUGACGUCAUUGUUUAGACGUCAAAGGAAGUUCCUGUCCGACCUGAAAGUGAAAACCCAUAUAAUUUACCUGUUGACAGGCUGAUCUGUCCCAGUGACCCCCAAUGACUUCUGUCCCAAAUUCACAGCAAAGCAGCUCCACCCUUGCCAAAACGCACUGUUUCUGGAUUUGCUUGAACCUUUUAUUGUCUUGAGUUUUACUUCAGUGCGCACAGAUGUGAGGUAAAUAAAUUGUUCUUGGUUCUCUUGUUUUUAUCUUUGGUUUGAUAAUGCCUCAUCUGAACUGUCUACGAUCAUAACUACAGAAAUGUGCAAAUAAAA